CAUCCACCAGCUGAGGAGCAAGGUGUCUGCGGAACAUGAAGUCAUCAAGAAGAAGGAGCUGGAGACUGGACCCAAGGCCUCUUAUGGAUAUGGGGGCAAAUUUGGAACAGAGCGGGACCGAAUGGAUAAGAGUGCACUGGGCCACGAGUACAUAGCUGAUGUUGAGAAGCAUUCGUCUCAGACAGAUGCAGCUAAAGGUUUUGGGGGGAAAUAUGGAGUCCAGAGGGACCGAGCCGACAAGGUAGGUGGCCACGGUGGUACAGGUUAGAGCCCUGCAGCGGGACAGGAAUCCCACGGGUCCCACAGGACCCACUGCCAUAAUCGCAGGAGUGGGUAAAAUGUACUUUGUUGCAGGCAGGAUUGGGUGGGCAAAAACACCAAACUGCGGUAAUUUGUGGGAAAACACUAAAUCUCUCGUCAGUUUGUC